AUGGACGCUUCGCUGGUAGGCAAGUCGCUGCUGGUGUGCCAGAUCCGCCCCAGCAGUGCCUGGACCGUCCAGGACGCCAAUGGCGUCACUGUGAACACGCGGACACCAACCGCGACAGCACGCACAUCGACGCCAAUCGUCCAAGGCCAGGGCGUCAUGCCUGGGCUGCCAGGCCCGGGGCUGUUUGGGGAAGAAUCAACACUCAAGACCGCCUCAGCCAACACCUAUGCCUCCUUCAUCAAGCAGUGGAGCGGGGCGAAGGCCUGGCAGCGGGCCCUUCAGGUGGCGCCGAGAGCUGCGUGCGUGGGCACAUCAAAGGACUCCCUUUGCGCUCCUCAAGUGGAGCAAGAUGCUGAGAAGCUCGCCACGCUGAUGUUUGCUACAUCGCCCGCCGCCUACAGCGCCCUGGAUCCGCGCGAAUUCGGUUACGCGGUCGUCCCGCCCCCCCGAGACGAGGGCGUGUGCUGGACCGUCGCGGCGUUCGUCGCCGUCACGGCCGCUGAGGCCGCUGUUGCAAGCGCCCUGGGCGAGGACGUGGCCCAGGUCGGCCAGCUGUCUCCGCAGGACCUCUACUACUGUGGCGACGCCAAGCGCGACUGCCUCACAGGGGCUUCACUGAAGGAUACGCUGGCGGAACUCGCGAAGAGGCAGCUGUUGCUGGAGAAGUGCCUCCCCUACCAGCAGCCAAAGGAUGUCACACGCUUUGACAUCUACAGUGACUUCAAGAUCUUCUUUGCAAACAACGCCAACAUUGGAGCUGUCUACCGGCCCGCACCUGGCAGCAAGUUUGUUGAGGGCCACGCGAUUACGCUGGUCGGGUAUGAUAACGUCAACCAGUUCUGGAUAGCACGCAACUCAUGGGGCCCAGGUUUUGCUCAAAACGGCACCUUCAAGAAGCUGCUGCUGGACAACCUGGACACACUGAGGGACCUGGACAGCCCCUUGGCGGGCAAGAAGCUCGCAGUGUGCCCACAGGGGGUGUCGCCGCCGGCAUAG